GGUGUUUUGGUGAUUGGUGUUUUAAACGUUAAAAAUGUAUUUUAAGUGCUAGUAAUUGACUUGCUAUAAUAUAAUCUUUAAACGGACAUUAUCUUGAAUAACAAUUUCAGCUAUGAGAUUGUAUUGCCUAAGUAGUCAUCCCAACAAGCCAUGUUACGUUUUGACAUUCAAAGGCAUCACUCUGAUGCUAGACUGCGGCUUGUCUGCUCACACAGCUCUCAACUUCCUCCCCCUGCCUCUCGUCCACAGUGCCAGACUCAACAACCUGCCUACAUGGAUGCCUCGUGAGAAUGCUGACCCAGAUUUGGAGGGGGAGCUGAAGGAGUGCAACGGCCGAGUAUUUGUUGACUCUGCACCAGAGUUUUGUCCACCCUUGGCCAAAGUAGUUGACUAUUCCCAAAUAGAUGUCAUCCUCAUCUCCAACUACAUGUCAAUGUUGGCUUUGCCCUUCAUCACAGAGGGAACUGGGUUUGAUGGGAUCGUCUACUGCACUGAACCUACUUUGCAGAUAGGCAGACUAUAUCUAGAAGAGCUGGUCCAGUACAUAGAGCAGAGCCCGAAAGCAUCUCUAGCGAGCCACUGGAAAGACUUUCUCCAUUUAAUGCCACCCCCCUUGUGCGAGGCUAGCAACAAACCUCGUAACUGGCAGCAACUGUAUAGCCUCGUACAGGUGCAACGGAGCUUAGCUCGUAUUCAAGUCCUGGGCUAUGAUCAGAAAAUGGAUGUGUACGGAUCACUGCGAGUCACACCGGUCAGUUCUGGCUACUGUCUGGGCAGCAGUAACUGGGUGAUCUCCUCUGAUCAUGAGAAGAUCACUUAUGUCAGUGGCUCUUCUACUCUCACUACUCAUCCCAGACCAAUGGACCAAGCCUCACUCAAGCACAGUAACGCUCUGAUUUUGACGGCUCUCACGCAGACUCCCAUAGCCAACCCUGACAGCAUGCUGGGCGAACUUUGUAUGACUGUAGCGUCCACUAUUCGCAACAACGGCAGUGUGCUGAUCCCCUGCUAUGUGUCCGGCACUGUCUACGAUCUGUUUGAAUGUCUAUCCACUCAUCUGGAUAAUGUCAAUCUGGCCAAUACCCCGAUGUUCUUCAUCUCUCCUGUAGCAGACACUUCCAUCGCCUACUCCAACAUUCUGGCUGAGUGGUUGUCGCAAGCCAAGCAGAACAAGGUGUACCUGCCGGAGGAGCCGUUCCCUCACGCCCAGCUUAUCAAGUCCGGCAGACUAAAGCACUUCAAACACAUCUAUGACGAGGGAUUCAGUACCGACUUCCGUCAGCCAUGUGUUGUAUUCUGUGGCCAUCCCAGCCUAAGGUUCGGAGACGCUGUUCACUUUGUGGAGAUGUGGGCAUCUAACCCCCAUCACACCAUCAUAUUUACUGAGCCAGACUUUCCGUACCUGGAGGCGUUGGCUCCGUUUCAGCCAGUGGCCAUGAAGGCGCUGCAUUGUCCCAUAGACACUAGCCUCAACUAUAGCCAAGCAAACAAGUUGAUACGUGAGUUGAAGCCUCAACACCUUGUGCUGCCCGAGUGCUACACACAACCUCCUCUCAACUACCCUCUGCGCUUGGACCUGGUCAUCAGCAAGGAGCAGAUUGUGGGAGAUCGCAAACAAGUGACGGCUCCAGUGAUCUUGUCAGUCAAGCGAGGAGACGUGUUGAAGCUGCCGGUGAAGUGUGUCAAGGCUCGUGUACAGCUGGAUCCUGAGUUGGCCAAGGAGCUUGUGCCUGUGGAAGGCAAGAAUGGCGUCGGAGUGUGCAGUGUCACUGGCAAACUACUUGUUAAAGACAAUAGAUAUAUACUGCAGUCUUUGAAAGGAGAGGAUGACACAGCCACUACCAGCUCCGGGGUGGCAGGGCCUCGGUUGAGGAGCCCAGGGGAGCCAAUGAGAAACCUCAAGUACGAGUACGGGCCACUGGAGAUUGACCAGUUUGUCCAGCGGCUCAACCAAGAGGGUAUCACUGACGCUAAGGUGGAGCCACGCCGGACUGGGUUUAUCAUUCAUCUGCAAGAGCAUGACACCCUGAUUCAGAUAGAUGACAACUCUACCCAUAUCUACUGCGGAGUCGCUGAUCAAGACCUGCGACUUAAGCUGAGAAGUAUCUUGCUGCAGUGCCUCAACAAGUUUUGAACUUUGAACUGCUCAGUGUAAAUAUGUUUGUAAAUAAAAUCU